AUAAUAUAGCUCAGUGGGUGUAGUGCACUCCGUAAGCUGUGAUCGUCACUACGGUUCCGUGUGACGUCAGGCGGUAAGUGCUGGAGCCAGUCGCCAUUUGAUCAUUCUGAAAACCAGCAACGCGCAGACUGCCGUUUCUAGUGACACAAAGGAUCCAAGAUGGUGAAAAUAUUCAUCGGGAACUUGUCAUCUGAAACGACAUCAGAUGAGCUCCGCUCUCUGUUCUCCCAGUAUGGCAAGAUUUCGGAAUGCUCUAUUGUGAAGAACUUCGGCUUUGUGCACAUGGAUGACAAAGCAGAGGCAGACGAAGCUAUACGCAACCUCCACCAAUACGAGCUUAAUGGUCAGCCGCUAAAUGUAGAAUUGAGCAGAGGCAAGGUGAAAGGAUCUACCAAGCUCCACGUUGGCAACAUUGCAUGUACCAAUCAAGAGUUGAGGGCCAAGUUUGAAGAGUUUGGUGCCGUGCUGGAGUGCGACAUUGUUAAAAACUAUGCUUUUGUUCACAUGGAGCGGGUGGAAGAUGCCAUGGAAGCUAUUAAUAAGUUGGACAACACAGCUUUUAAAGGAAAACUGAUGAGCGUGAAGCUUUCAACUAGCCGCCUGCGUACUGCGCCGGGAAUGGGAGACCGAGCGGGUUGUUAUCGUUGCGGGCAGGAAGGCCACUGGUCCAAAGAAUGCCCUCUAGACCAAAAUGGCUUCCAGAGAAAUGGCUCAGAGCCGACCUCUGAAGGAUACGAUUCCUCGGGAUUUGGCGGGCGUGGUCAAAGCAGGGGUUUUCCGGACUUCAGCGCCGCUCCAGAUUACGACGGCAGCUACGGUCCGGGUUUUUCCCGGGUUCCCGGUCAAAGCAACAGCAUGGCGGGUUACAGAGGAGGCGCGGGCUACGAGAACGCAGUGAGGUACGGCCCGCCCCCAGGUUACGGCAUAAGCACCGUCGCUGAUCACAACGCGGCUCGGAUGUACGCCGGCGAGUCCGCAUACAGGAGCAGCGGCGCGGUCUAUGGCGCGGUACCGGCAUAUUCCGUGCGCCGGUUGCCCUAUGACGAGAGGGAUCCGUACGGGGUCGUGGACUACUACGAGAAGUACAGGGCAAACGCUUACGGAGGCAGUUAUUACGACGAACGCCGUGGCGUACCCGUGCCGGGUCCAUCAGCAGCCCCCUCCACAGCCGCGAGGGAACGGGUUCCCCCCGCUAGCGUUGAUCCAUACGUGUGCCCUCCCCCCCCUCCUCCUCAGCCAGCCCCAGUAUCUUCAUACUACGCACGUGACCGGAGUCCGAUACGGAGAGUCGCCGGUGACGCGGGUGGAUUCACAUUUGAGCGGUCGCGGCUUUCCCCGGUGCCCGUGGCCCCCAGGAGUGGUACCUACGAGCAUUUGCGUGAUCCUGCUGCUGAACGGGCCCGAUAUGCUUACUAAAGUUUGUGUGAUUUGUUAGCUGAGCGGGAGCUGAUUGAUCAAGCAAACAGAAUAGCCCAAGUGCCAGUGGAACCGCUGAGAAGUUCAACUGAUGGUUUCUGAGUCAGGAUGCAUUGUUUUGUGUUUGAAAUGUGUGUGGGUGGGCGGCCCUGACAACGGUCAGUCAUUUAGCCAAUAGGUAGAUCUCUGUUCAGUGGAGUUUAUGGAAUAUUAUGCUUUGUUCCCAUUCCAGAUUGUGUUGCAGUGCAGUAAAAAUAACUUCCUUUCAUUUUUGUACUGAUCUGUUUUAAUUGUACAGUUCUAAAAUGAACACGCCAUUGUAUAAAAGCAUUCAUUUAUGUAAGAGCGAACCUUUUUGUCCUUUUACAAGUUAAGCAUAUUGAUAUCCACCUCAAAUAAACUGGUGCAUGGUGAAUAUGUAAAGGUCAAACAUUUUUACAGGUUUCCAUUGUGUUUUGUCCAUUCUAGUAUAUUGUGACGGUGAAGUUCCCAUUGAUGCCACAUAGUUUUAACAACUGCCAUGUAGUUUAAGCCCUGAGUGCAUCUAAACAUGGUAACGCAAAAUCACACAAGCGUAGAAUCGAAAAUAUUUUUUUCUGAAUGAGUGGGGUUUGGUUUGAAAAGAUUUAAUUUGGGAAUUUUUUUUUUAUAUGAAGUUGCAUUUUGAUCUUUUUUUUUUUUUUUUUUUUUUAACACUGAUUUCAUGACUGAUGAGGCUUGAGGUCUUCAUCUUGUAAUACAAGCCAGCCUCAAAGCAAAAUCAUGUUUGCAAGCACAAAGUCUGAAUCUACGGAUUCCUUUACACUGCCGGGACUUUCAUCAUUUUUAUGUCCCAGUUUUUAGUUUGGCUUGUUUUCUACUUUUUAUUUAAAACAAAGGACAUAAAGCUAAAUUCAGCGCUGUCACCAGGUUGUUCAGUAGGCUCUGGUCCACUAAAACUGAACGUCUUGAGUUAGUCUGCUCUCCAACAUAUUUCACAUUAAUCAAACUUUUGGCUUCUUAUUUUGGGUUUUGCUAUUUCCUUGUCUUCUAUGUAGCUGUUCUUUCAGAAAAUGCAUUCAGAAGUACAGAGGUAAUGUUGGAUACUGUAAGUAGGAAGGUUACUGGAACCGCCUGACUAGACUGAAAACCUGUUUGUAAUGAAAUAGCUUUUUUUUUUUCUGGGUUUCCAGGUCACUGCUUUUGGCCAUUCCAACAGUUUAGCUAUUCUCAAAACUGUGAUGUGUAGCACCAAAAAGUAACACCUUAAACUAAUGCAUGAACAAGACGUUCCAUGUUUGUUUUUCUCACACUGGGCUGUGUUAUGUCCUAAAAAGUGACCUCAGUUACCUUAUUUUCUCUUCUUUUGAUUCAAAUAAAACCUUUACAAUGUAAACGUUCAA